UUGCUGAGAGCUCGGCGGAAGAAGUCUUCAGUGACAAAAGCUGCGCCCAGACGAAAAAGGUUUCGCGAAUGUGCCGAUCGAUCGCGUUUCAUCCUCCUCUCCCGAUCGUACAUUCGAAUAUGCAAAAGGAGCAAUGCGGGAACGGCGGAGGGUCGCAGAAUCCUCGUUAUACGAGCGCGAGGAAGGAAGAAGGGGGUGCAUGGACCGGUGAGGUCGAACAGGGUUGCUGGGCAUGCGCGGAUGUUCCUGUCCUCUCCAGAUACUAUGAGCGGUGGUGUCUACGGCGGAGACGAGGUCGGUGCUAUAAUUUUCGACGUUGGACACCAGAGCCUUCGCGUUGGUUAUGGCGGUGAGGACACGCCGAAGGCUGAAAUCCCGACCACCCUCGGUGUAUGGGAGGACGCGGCCGAGUCGCUGGACGGCGGUCAGAACGUCAGGAAGCACUACAAUAUCGAUGUCACGGCCAUUCAAGUGCGAAAGAAGGAUAUGGAGAUGGUUAGUUUAAUGAAGGACGGCAUGAUCGAGGACUGGGAGAUGUUCGAGCGUCUAACAGAGUACACGUACAAGCAACGUCUUCAUGCUCUCCCAGAGCACCAUCCGAUCCUGAUGACCGAGUGCCCGUGGAACACUCGACUGAAACGCGAGAAACUGCUGGAGCUGAUGUUCGAGAAAUUCAACGUGCCGGCGAUGUACAUCUGCAAGAACGCGGUCCUGGCCGCGUACGCGAACGGCAGAUCGACGGCCAUGGUUGUGGACAGCGGUGCGACUCAUACGAGCGCGGUUCCGGUGCACGACGGCUAUGUCAUCACACAGGGAAUCGUGAAGAGUCCAUUGGGUGACGUGGUUCGUGAAAGAGAUCCACCACGCUGGACAAAGAGGGCUGGAGCUCAACCAACGUCUUCCUGGAUGAGCUACAUGGUCCGAGAGCUGUUGCAAGACUUUCAAAUGAAUUGUUUGCAAGUCUCCGACAGCCCGUACGACGAAGAUGUGGCCAACACUUUGCCAAUGAAACACUACGAGUUCCCGACCGGGUACAACGACGAUUUCGGCUCCGUCAGACUGAUGAUUCCGGAAGCCUUGUUCGAUCCCAGCAACGUGAAGGGCGUUGGCGCCAGCAUUCUUGGCGUCGGCCCUCUGGUCACGACUAGCGUGGGCAUGUGCGACAUGGACAUCAGACCUAGUAUGAGACUGAAAAUAAUCAGCGCGAACAGCUCGAGCGAGCGUCGUUACGGUGCCUGGAUCGGAGGAUCGAUCCUCAGCUCCCUUGGAUCCUUCCAACAAAUGUGGCUGUCGCGACAGGAGUACGAGGAAUCAGGGAAACUGAUUCUGGAGCGAUGCGCGUGAUCAAAAGUGCUCAAGCAUCAAUCAAAAUUAUUCUUUGUGAUUAUUUAUUUGUUACAAAUCGUUCGACUGUUUGUAUGUACGUAUCUACUUUGUAUUUGUAUCGUCGACAGGGACAAUUUUUAUCGUUACGUUUCGGAUGAUCUUUCACAGCCAAGUUAAAGGCCAAUACGUGAGACAAUAUGAGCGAUUGAUAUCAAACGAUGUCUACGGGAGACGUGUGUAGUAUGUACUUUAGAGACGAUUUAAACGACGAGGAAACCUCGAGUGCAAUUGCCAAAGUUUUUUGUAUCGAAGCUGAUCGGUUUACGGGUGUAAUCUUUGUGGAACUUGCUGAAAGCUCAUAUUGAUGAUAAUUAAAACGCUUUUCGUUUGAUGAAGCUUCGCAGUUCUUUUCUUGGAUUACACGCGAGCGUAAGUUAGACAAAUGCACGCGGUACGCUUCUAAAAGGAAGAAACACAGUUCCUAAUUGCUCGAACAAUCUUUCGUUUGUAAUUCGUGCGUGUGUGAGUAAGUUGAUUUCGAUACGAUAAUUGAUGAGUAGCUACGUGUAUGUAAUGGGUAUUGAAGAAGAAGCAAUCUUUUUGAAAAAGAAUUCCAUUUAUUUCGUUUAUUUCGAACGUUUGUAUACACAACAAGUUUGAACAAUGUUUAUUGUCCGUCUCCACGUUUUUCUACCAUUCGUUGUUGUUUCUCUUAUUUGUUACUCUUCUAAUAAUCAAAAGAAGGAGAAAUUAAAUUACGAUAACAUAAAAUUGAGAGAACCGCGAACCGCAAAACAUUUAUUUCAAAACGCGUCACGAGCAGUUCCAAUUCUACAACGACAAAUAUAAUGUAUAAUAUAAUAUAUUAGAGCGUAGUAAACAAUAUAAUAUCUUGCAUAUAAAUAUAUAUAUAUAUA